AUGUGGUCACCGUACGAUCUGAAUCCCGAUCGUAUUACAGAAGAACUGAGUAAAAUGUUUACGUACAAUGAUACUGAAACGAAACGACGUAAUUCUACGAGUCUGUACUAUGAUUUUAAUAAAGUAAAUAUGAAUGAACAUGCCAACAGUCACGCAGCCAAGGCUGGUGCCUCUGUUAGUGCGGAAGCUCAUCUCAGUGUACCAUUUGGUAGCGGUGGAGCAAAAGUCAGUGCUAGUGCCUACGGUGAAACAGCUGAUAGUUCAUCCGGUUCGCUCUACAAUCAACUGAAUGAAACAACAAAUAAUCAGUUUUCAUCAGAUGAUAUUAAACGUAUGUUUACACAACAGGGUACAGAACUGCAAUUCAAAGGUGAAAAAAUAAGCCCGAAAUCCUUUCAAGUUUACAAGCUGAGUGAUCUAACUGAUCAAGUACAAGUUGGUAUCAUAUCAAAACAACUGAUUGCGGAAAAGAAAGAUGGUGCAAUUGUAAGAACGAUAAGUGCAUUGAAUUUUCCUGUUCCGCCACCUAUAGCUGAAUCUACUACAACCACUACAACAUCUAUUCCUUCAACUACGACAACCAUUUCUAUCUCAGAAAAGUUACUUAGAUCUAACAUGAUUCUAACAGGGGAAAUACGUCUCUAUGCUGGAACUCAAACUCCCCCGGCACCGUGGCUCAUUUGCAAUGGCUCAGCUGUAUCACGCAACGAAUACCCGAACCUCUUUCGUGCAAUUGGCGAAACCUAUGGAAAUGGUGACAGUGUUGAAACAUUCAACUUACCGGACUUUCGUGGCCGUAUACCAGUUGGUGUAGAUGAAUUUGGAGAACGUGUCAAAAUGGCUGGUGUAUGUGGAAUGGAAGGUGGAAACUCAACAUACAGUUUAACCACUGAUGAGCUUCCAGCACAUGUACAUAGUCACGGAACACUUUCGGCCUCCACCAGCGGCAGUCAUACGCAUUCUAUCAUUGAUCCAGGACAUGAUCAUGGUGGCUCUACAGGUGAAUCACAAUUUGGAUCGGGAAACUGGGAAAUGAAGGGAAGCAGAGGACAUGGUAAAGAUGAUAUUAAACAUUCACAUAGCAUUCCAAAGGGACGCACAUACAUUACAAUUAAUGCAGAUGGCAAUCACGGUCAUACAAUUAAUGGCAAAACAGGAACAGUGGGAGCUGGAAAAGAAUUUAGUUUAAUGCCACCCUUUCAAACAGUAAACUAUAUUAUUUAUUCUCUAUGA